AUGCAUAAACUUGUAUUCUUCUAUUUUGCAAUAUUAUGUUCCCUUUUAACUUUGUUCUUUGUUUCUGCUCAUAAAAGCCAAUAUGGUAUUAGCAUUGAUCUUAUUCACCGUGACUCACCUUUGUCUCCUUUUCACAACUCUUCAAUGACCCCAUCAGAGUCCAUAAAAAAUGCUGCCUUACGCUCCAUGUCAAGAUCCAAUCGUGUUCUUUUAUCUCUAGAUGCAAAUACAACACUUGGAAGCACCAUAGUUCCUGAUAUGGAAGGUGGUGAAUAUCUCAUGAAAUUUUAUAUUGGUACCCCUCUUGUAGAAAGGCUUGCAUUUUUAGACACAGGAAGUGAUCUUAUAUGGGUACAAUGCUACCCUUGUGUGAGUUGUUUUGCACAAAAUUCUCCAAUCUUUGAUCCCAAAAAUUCUUCUACUUUCAAGAGCUUAUCAUGUGACACAAAUGCUUGCACUUUCCUUUCCCAUCAAUGUGGGAAUUCAAGGGAGUGCAAUUACUUUUACUCAUAUGGGGACAAUUCAUCCACUAGUGGUCACCUGGGUAUUGAAACCAUUGCUUUUGAAAACAUUACAAUUCCUGAUUUUGUUUUUGGGUGUGGACUUAAUAAUAGUUUUGCAUUCAAAAAUGAAAACAAAACAACAGGAAUUGUUGGUCUUGGUGGUGGUCCAUUGUCAUUAAUUUCACAAGUAGGUUCUGAAAUUGGUUUCAUAUUUUCCUAUUGCUUGCUUCCUCCCUCUGAGAAUUCCACUAGCAAAUUAAAAAUUGGGAAUGAUGCAAUUAUAUCUGGAAAAGGGGUUGUGUCCACUCCCCUUAUAACCAAUUCUUCUACACCUACCUAUUACUAUGUCAAUCUUAAAGGUAUCACUGUUGGACAAAAAACAGUGGAAACAGGUGAAAGUGGUGGUAACAUAAUCAUUGACUCAGGUACUACAUUGACAUAUCUCAAACCAAGUUUCUACAAUAAUUUUGUAGUUUUAGUGAAGGAAGCCAUUGGUGUUGACACAAUCCAAAAUCCACCUUCUCCAUACAACUUCUGCUUUAUUAAUAAAGCAAACAUGAACUUCCCUAGUUUUGAGUUUCAUUUUGAUGGAGCUAGUGUUCCCUUGGAUGCUACUAAGAAUCUCUUUACUAUUAUCAAUGACUUGUAUUGCUUGGAAGUUGUACCCUUCAACACUGACAAUAUUGGACUUGCUAUAUUUGGAAACAAGGCACAGAUUGAUAUUCAAGUAGGGUUUGAUCUUGAAGGGAAAAAAGUUUCUUUUGCUCCAACUGAUUGUACUAAGAUAUAG